UGCCAAUUAUACUUCUAUUAUUGCAAGUCACGUUAGAGUUUUAGUGUAAAUUCGCGGCGCAUUUAAAAACGUAAGCAUUUCUAAUGCGACACGCGUCGGUCACAAUGCAGCAAUUAAUCUCGCUUAUGUUCAUAUCGCUGGCUGUAGCGUUUGCUAGUGUGCCACCUGAAAUAGCAAGCGAAAUUCGAGAGUACGUGAUCGGUGUUGGUGUUGAGUGUAUAGCAGAAGUCGGCGCUUCCAAUGACGAUAUCAGCAAGAUAAUAAAGCAUCAGCUGCCGGAAACCGAAAAGGGGAAAUGCUUCGUGGCCUGCGUUUACAAGAAAAUGAACAUUCUGAACAGAUCCGGAAAAAUCGAUAAGACGUCUUGGUAUGCUAUCUUAGACGAGUUAAAGUCUUUCGAUUAUGACACCUACAAGACGAUUAGACCUAUGGCAGACAGAUGCCUAGCCACAGUAACGAAUUCGCAUGACGAAUGUGAGACGGCUACCAACUUACUGGGGUGUAUGUUUCAUGAAAGCAAAUGUGAUAUUCCAAAUGGCGAAAAGUGCAUCUUUGAUUUCUAAAAUUGUCGUAAGUUAGUUUCUGUAGAUUUGAAAGAGUAAUAAAUAUCU